AUGUUCAAUUAUAUCAGGCCGUACGAGAAGCUUAACUUGACCAAGAACACGAGCAUCGAAGACAUUCCGAAGGAAAGCCGACCAUACUCCCAGUGCACCUCAAUAGCAGCGUGCCUCUUCGCCUUCACCGCCAUCCUAUCUGGCGCUCAAAUCCUCUAUCUGUGGUCUUAUCCAGCACCUACUUGCAGAUACGCCUUCGACACCGGAUACCCAACAGAAUGGCGACCCGCCGUUGAGUCAAUCAAGCUGGAAGAAAUCAAUUUUACUAGUCCGCUGCGCUACAACACCACCUUGAACCAACUGUAUCGUGACAUCGAUAUCACCCGGCCAGAGUACAUUGGCGCGCCAUCGCCGGAAAUAGACGCUGCGUGGGAGAGCCUUCUAGGAGGACAAUUCCUGGUGCUUGGCGACGACGAAGCGGUGGACCUCGAUGAUCCGGUGUCUAUCGAGGGCCGCUGGGUUGGGGAGGUGGAGGUGAUGCACUCGCUGCAUUGCCUGAAUAUGCUGCGUAAAGCACUGUCACCUGAGUAUUACGGCCCCGUGCAGCCGCACUCUCGCCAAUCGGUUCAUCUUGAGCAUUGCUUUGAACAGGUCCGUCAAAGUAUCCAGUGCGCAGGUGACUUGACACCCGUGGUGUUGAGGCCGCUGGGCGAAGGCUCGAAUGUUGUGGUUGUGGGGACCCCGAUGGUGCAUACGUGUCGGAGCUGGGAUGCGCUGAGAACGUGGUACACCCACAGAGGAGAAGCGCAGGGGAAAGUGGCCCGGAGAGAGUUUUGA